AUGGUUGGACAAAGGACUAAAAUUUAUCAAAUGAGCAAAUCGGAGCUCAUUAGUGAAUUAGAGAAGAAAGGACUUUCCACCGAAGGAAAAGUCCCAGAGUUAAAAAAUAGAUUAUUGGAAGCUCUCAGUAACACAGGCUCCAAAUCGAGUAAAAUUAAUACUCCGAGUCAAAGUAGUCGACCGAGUCGAACGGCGAGUAUUGAGAGAGUUCCUGGAGGUGGAAAAGCAAAGAAGAUGGAUGAAGAGUUCGUUGAUCCGAAUGACAUACGGAUGAAGAACCUCAUCCAGCAACAUCGUUCACGUCAUAAUAAUGAGAAAACUGAUAAGGAGAAGGAGUUGAGAGAUCCAACUCAAGUCAGACACAGAGAAAAUCGAGAACGUCACUCGAGGAGUCCGAGUGAGAGGGACUUUGGGGAUGAUUUAACAGGCAUUUUCAAACAUCCAGAUGAUAUUCAGGACAGAGAGCAAAAAGAAGAGAAUAGACUCUGGGAACAAUACAAAAGACAGUUUGUUAACCAGAGGACCUAUCAAUCUGAUACUCGAGAAGGUGGUCAGAAUAAAAGUCACGUAGAUUUCACAACUGAAGAGUUGGAGAUCAUGCGGGAACUUGAAAUUAAAAAGAUUAGGGACAAGAGUCGACGUGAAGAAGAAGGCCGUAUGAGGGAAGCUAAGGUUCGAAUGGAAUAUGAAGUGCGGGCUGAACUCAAACGGGAAUACGAAGAAGAACUCCGCAGGGAGAGACAAAUGAUAUUGGAGGAAGAGCAUAGAAAAUUCGAAAAGUAUAAAGAGUAUCAGAGAAAACUGGAAGAGGAAAAACUGAGUCGUGAGACAGAGCGUCUGAGGAAAAAUUAUCAUGAUGAUGUUGAGUACAAAAUGUCUACUAAACCGCCAACACCAGCUCCUAGACGAAAGGAAAGAAGUCCAGAGAAGGAUAGAUUCAGGGAGAGAUACACUUAUGAUCGACGUGAUGAUCGGGGAUGGUAUCGAUCUGAGGAUCAUGGGUCAUACGGAUGGGAUGAUGGGAAACAUUUAAAUCCGGUCGAAUUAAUCAGGAAAUGGGGAAUUACGUUUGACGGGGAGGAGAGUGUGCUUAAUUAUGUCGAUAGGGUAGAAGAGUUAAGUCUCUGCUCUGGAAUCCAUAAGGACAGACUACUUAAGUAUAUCCCGGUAAUGUUUAAGGGUGUAGCACUGCUUUGGUUUAGGAAUAAUUUCAAGUUCUGGAGAACUUGGAAUGAAUUCAUUAUUGACUUGAAAAAGGCCUACUUGCCCAAAGAUUUCGAAUUUCGGAUGGAAGAAGAAAUCAAUGCAAGGACACAAAAGUCUGGGGAACGUAUUCGUGUCUACGUCACUGAGUUAUUAACACUCAUGAGACGUCAUGGAUCAAUGUCUGAGGAGAAGCAAUUGUACUUUUUGUAUCGGAACUUGGCAGAGCCAUACAAAAUGUACAUUAAAAAGACUGCUGCAGUCAGCAUUGAUGCCAUACUCAAAGAUGGAACGGAUUACGAGAAUGACAUUUUCAAAUUGGAUAAGGACAAACAUCCAACACUGGAAAUCCCAUCAAAGAAAGAGAAAAAGAAUCAGCCAAGAGAAAACCACAAUAAUCAGGAGAAAGAUAAGAAAAAGAAAUCGGUAAAUGCAGUUGCUGCAGAGGAAAAAUAUGUCAGUAGGGAACGUUGUUGGAAAUGCAGACAGAAACGACAUGAGAAUGGAGUGUGUAAUAAUCCACCAGUCAAGUUCUGCAUGUUCUGUGGUAUCCUGGGUAAGUGGACGACGGAAUGUUCUUGUCCUAAACCUCGUUGGUGGACUGAGAGAAGACAAGCUGGAAGGGGUGCUGCUAGAAAUAAUCAGAAUGCUGGUGCAGUGGUAUCCAAUUCUGCUCCUGUUUCUGGUCAGGCCUCAGCUACGUCUAAUCAACAGGCACCAGUUGUGAAUCAGAAUGUUAAUAGUCGUGUAAGUAAUUUGGUACCAAGUGCUCCAGUAAUUCCAUGCACUAGUUCAGUACCUGAUCAGUUGAUGAAGCUCGACGAUAAUAGACCCUAUCUAAUUGUUGAAAUCGAUGGAGGAGAGUACCGAGCACUGGCUGAUACUGGAACGGCCAGGUCGUACCUAUCCACCGAUACCUGGAAGGAGAUACAACAGAGAAAUCCUGAUAGAAAAUUGAGAACAACUGGUCAUGUCGCUUCAGUAGCUGGAGAAAGACUUGUGCAAAUUACUGGGAAGGUACAAUUAGAGAUUAUGGUGGAGACAACGCCUGCAAAUUGUAAGUUCUACGUAAUGGAUAACUUAGGAACACAGAUAAUUCUAGGGGUUGACGUGAUGAAACAAAUUGGACUCAAGAUGAGUUUCGAACCUGAUGAAGAAGCUAGCUCUGAGGUUUAUCAGGUCUAUGCAAGGUUCAGUUUGGGAAUGAUUCGCCAGGAGAAUGAUGAUUCUGAUGAAGAUAUUCAUGAGGAAGAACCUGGGCGGACACCUGAAAUUGAGCCUGGACUUGAUGAAGACUCUGAAGCAAGUGAUUGGACUGAGGACGAAAGACCAGUACUAAUGAUUAAAGAUGAUACCAUUGACUACGCUCAGGCUUUUCAAUGUAUUCAUGAAGAAUUGAAGAAAUUCAAGGAUGUCCAGGGACCAACUCAUCUUAUCGAACAUCACAUUCGAUUGAAACCUGGUACAGAGCCUAUUAAAUUUCGUUAUACCCCCAAGAAUCCUGCAAUGAUGAAGAUAAUGCACGACGAGGUGGAUAAAAUGUUAGCUGGUGGGGUUAUUGAACCUUCGGAAAGCUCGUGGAAUUCUCCGGUGGUACUUGUCAAGAAAAAGAAUAAGGAAUAUAGAUUUUGUAUUGAUUACUGCAAGAUAAAUGAGGUUACGGUCAAGGAUGCGUACCCUUUACCACACGUGAAUACGAUGCUGGAUAAAUUGCGGAACGCGUACUACAUUUCUGUCAUUGAUUUGAAAAAUGGCUACUGGCAAGUACAGAUGGCAUUGGAGAGUCGACCGAUAACAGUAUUCACCGUACCUGGUAAAGGAUUUUACCAGUUUAAGGUAAUGCCGUUUGGUUUCACGUCGGCACCUGCCACGUUUCAGAGACUGCUAGAUAAAGUCAUCAAGCCUGAAUUAGAAGCAAAAGCUGGAGCUUACCUGGAUGAAAUUUUCGUCAUUGGGUCAUCAUUAUCAGAGCAUGUGAAGAAUCUCUCGGAAGUUUUCGAAGCAUUGAGAGAGGCAAAAUUGCAAAUUAAUGUGGAGAAAAGUAAAUUUCUGCAAGAGCAAACGCAAUAUCUGGGACACAUUGUUGGUAGGCAUGGCAUUCACACUGACCCAGAAAAGGUCAAGGCCAUAGUGGAAAUGUCAGAGCCGCAGAAUAAGGGACAGAAAUGGCAGUGGGAGGAUGAUCAGAAAGAGGCUUUUGAAACUGUGAAAAAUAGUUUGGUGGAAGCACCAGUACUAGUUCCUCCUAACUUCGAGCACAAGUUCAUCUUGCAAACGGACGCGAGCAAUGAUGGUAUUGGAGCUGUGCUGAUCCAGAAGAAUGGGGACAGAGAAAAUGUCAUUGCCUAUGCGAGUCGAACACUGACGAGACCAGAGAAGAAUUACUCCACCACUGAGACGGAAUGCCUGGCAGUGGCGUGGGCGAUUAAAACGAUGAGGAUGUAUCUGGAGGGUUACUCUUUUGUAGUAAUCACCGAUCAUCAAUCUCUGAAAUGGCUACUGAAACUGGACAAUCCAAUGGGGAGGAUUGCUCGAUGGAAUUUAUUCCUCCAGCAAUUCGAUUUUGAAAUAGAGUAUCGCAAGGGGAUUCUGAACAUAGUAGCGGAUGCUCUGUCGAGGAAUCCAAUCGAUUUGAACAACUCUGAGGACGAGGAUGAAGAGGAAGAGGGAGUAGUAUUGGCCAUCGAACCUGAGGAUCGUUGUGAGUGGUACCAGGGAUUGAUGAACAGGGUUAGAGAGCACCCUGAACGCUUCCCUGACUUUAUGAGUAAGGAUGACUUAUUGUAUAAGCAUGUUUAUCAUGCACUAGAUUUCACAUCUCGUCAGGGAGAAGCGUGGAAGCUUUGCGUCCCUGAGUCCAAACGCCUCCGCGUUCUCCAGGAAAAUCACGAUAUACCGACGGCAGGACACCUGGGGAUAAUGAAGACGAUUGCUCGAGUUGCCCAGUCAUAUUUCUGGCCAGGAAUGCAACGCGACAUAAAAGAUUAUGUUAGACAUUGUCAACGAUGCCAGGAAUUUAAGAUACCCCAACAACAACCAGCGGGAAAAAUGGGCACUACAUACGCUUCCUACCCAUGGGAAGUCGUAUCAAUCGACCUCGUCGGACCUAUCACUAGAUCCUCCUUAGGGAACACAGUAUUACUAGUGAUGCAGAAUAAAUACUCUAAAUGGGUGGAAAUAAAGCCCAUGAGAACUGCUAAAUCUGAGACAGUUGUUAAAAUUCUGAAGGAAGCCAUCAUCCUACGUUUUGGGUGUCCUAGGGUAUUAAUCUCUGAUAAUGGAAGUCAGUUUACCAGUAGUGUCUUCAGGGAUUGCUUGAGGGAAUUUGGGAUUGAACAUCAGAGAACUCCACCAUAUGCUCCUCAAUGCAAUCCAGUGGAGCGAACUAAUCGAGUCAUUAAAACCAUGAUUUCCCAAUACAUCAACAAGAACCAGCGAUCUUGGGAUAAAUACUUACCAGAGCUUAUGUUUGCCUAUAAUUCAGCUGUCUAUGAGACUACCCAGUGCACUCCGGCACUGCUGAAUUUGGGAAGGGAACUGGAACAGCCUAAAUCGUUGAGAAAAGAGUUGGAAGGUAAUCGAUCGGGUGUUCAGAUUGACUUGGACGAGCGUUUGACGAGACUGAGAGAUUUACAAGACUUCGUGAAAAUCAAUUCAGCUAGGGCUUUUACUAAACAGAGUAAAUACUAUGAUCAGAAACGUAGGGAUUGGGUGCCAGUGGUCGGCGAGCGGGUGGCAAAGAGGGAACAUCCGUUGUCCUCGGCUGUUGACAACUUCUCUGCGAAACUUGCACCAAAAUUCACUGGGGGUUACACUGUUAAAUCUGUCAUAUCUCCAGCAGAGUAUGAGAUUGUCAGUGAUGAGGGUAUUGGAUGUCUCGUCCACAUCAAGGAUUUAAAACCGGAUUUUGAGUAG